AUGUGCGAAGACGCGGGUUUCGAGGAUAUUUCCGUCUGCCAUAACCCGGAUUACAAGGACCUAGCCCCGCGAAUCGCGGCGAACGGCACAACGCCUAAGCCCCGGGGAAACGACGAAUAUGGGGGAGUGGAAGAGGAGGAAGAAGACGAAGAGGAGGAGGAAGGGGGAGAAGACGGAGAAGGGGAGGAAGAGGAGGAAGGGGGAGGGGGGCGACGAGGGGACGGGGGGAAAGGGGGUGGUGCGCCCAGCAUGGUGUGGUCUGGGCGGGUGUUUGCGCUGCACGACGUGUAUGUGAACAACAAGGGGCAGGUGUUUAACUCCACGCACGUCUUUAACCCCAACGGCUGCUACGCUGAAGAUAAGUUUCACUACGAGGCAUGCACGCACGUCUCCUCGCACGACUUGCUGGUCAACCUGCUGUUUCACUACGAGCCGGGCACGCGCGUGUCCUCGCACGACUCGCUGGUCAACCUGCUGGUCGUGGGGGCCACGCCCGGCGCCCGUCUGCCCUUCCACGAGAUUCUCGAGCUCGUGCCGCUCUUCCUGCCGCUCUCCCACGUGCUCAAGAAGCACGGCAAGCCCGCCCUCGUCAUGCGCGGCAAGAAGCUGCCUCGAGUGGUGGGCAUCACCAUGGGUCGCAUGCUCUCCUUUGGCGAUGCGUCUCGCCUCCUCUUCGUGCGAACGCUAAUCCAGCCAACCUUCCAGCACUGCCAGCAACCCAGCCCCUCUCUGUGGUCCAAACUGCGCACCUCCCACUUCCUGCAACCCUGGGGUCUGCCCCUCCUCAACCCUGACUGGUCCGAACGCCUUCCCCCCACCGCCCCCAAGGCCCUCUCUCCCCCUGCCGCCCUCCCCCCCUGGGAGACAAGUGGGGUGAAAGAGGUGAUAGUUCUCGAGCCACCAGCAACAGUCCAGGUGAAGGGAUUUGCAGAGAUUGUAGCAGGGCUGAAGGGGAAGUUUGGCGCCGAGCAUGUGAGGCUGGUGGGAAGGUUCCAAAGAGAUGACGCCAAAGAGUUGUUUCCCCGGGCGGCGCUGCUCGUCAGCAUCACGAGCCCGUUUCUCGUCAACCUCGCGUUCCUGCCGCCCCGCGCCGCCCUGCUGGAGCUCCGCCCGCCGCCCGCUGAGGUGGACGCGGUGAUCGCUGACUCAGUCGCCAGGCUGGCAGCGGCUUGCCAGAUCCAUCACCGCGUAAUUCGAGGAAGCUUCAUGGAAGGAGCACCAACUGAUGGUGUGGGGAUAUGGAAAGGGGCUGAGGAGGGUACGGGGAAGGGUGCGGUGGAGUGGAGGAGCGGGGCUGUAGAGGCAGCAGCGAUGUUUUUGGCUCGAGUGGUCGGGAAAGCAUUAACAGCCGAUGAGAAAGUAGUGGAGGAGGCAGCUCUGACGGCUGCCGACCAGCGAAUGAGGGCUGCACAGCUGGCGCAGGCCUCCACCAGUAAGAAGCCGCUGAUUCCCGGUACGCAGAUCCAAUCUCCACAGUCCGCCGCCCAGUUUCGGCGCUGGCUGCGGUGCGUAAGUCAGCGGGGGCGGUGGGUGUACAACGCCACGCCGCGCAUCCUCCCUUGGGAGUACCUCGGUACCAUGAACCUGUGUGACCACCGGCAUCGGGACACCACUGGAGGACUCGUGACAAAAAAAGCAGAUAAGUAUGCGGUGGAGGGCGGCGCGCCGGGCGGCUGGAGCGUGCGCGAGUCGCUCAAAUACGAGUGGAGAACGCCUCCCGGGAAGUGCCCGAUCGGGCCGCUGAGGCAGCUCGACAGGGAUAUGUUUUGCCGGAAAGUGAAGGGGAGGAAAGGUGGGCUGAAUGUGCUGUUUCUGGGGGAUUCCCUGGCGCAUCAGAUGGUUGACAGCUUCCUCAACGGCCUUCUGAGACACAUUCCCAAGCCUGCGGUGUGGGCUGUGAACGAAACAAUUCCCAAGGAAUGCUCUGAUUGGCUGGUGGAUCCCCCCAGGCAUGCCUACUGCCGAGUGUACACUUUCAAUGAGAGCUUUUGUCCCGGGCUUACGGUGCAAUUCGUGAGGAAUGACCACCUGUGGUUUACUUCGCCUGGAGAAGCUAAGUUUGACCACAUUCCAUGGCAUUUGUAUUCAGGGUUGAAGGAUGCUGAUGUGGUGGUGGUGAAUCGAGGCGCGCAUUUCAUUGGGGGGAAGGAUUUUGAGAGGAGUGUUCCGGCCGCUUUAGAAUUUCUUCGAAAGAAGCUGCCCGACGCGCUGAUUAUCUGGAGGAAUACCCCGCCUGGGCAUGCCAACUGCACGUCCUACACCGGGCCGAUCAAGAAGCGGCAGAAUCCGGAAUCUCUGCCGUUCCAUUGGGACUUUCACCAUCACUCCCUCGCUGCUAACACCGUUAAUAUAGUCACAGGCAAAUCAUACCUUCCCCCUGCCCCUUCCGCUGCUCCUUCCCCCUUCCCUUCCGCCACUCCCAUGACUGCUCCUUCCGCUGCCCACCUUCCCCCUUCGGAUAUCCCCCCUGCCGCUCCCCCCAUCCCCUCCGCUCCACGAACUUCCCCUUCCGCUUCCCCCAUCUCCCCCUCCGCGCUCCUAGGCGCGCUCUCCUCCCUCCAGUCAAAGAUAUCCGCGUUACAAGUGCUGGUUCCGCUAGUGGCACAAUCCGGCCCGUCAGAGGCGCUGCAGCAGCAACAGGAGGUGGCAGCAGUGGGAGUAGCGACGGUGAUACAGCAGGUGGCAGCGGCAGCAGUGGGGUUGCUACCGCCGCACCUGCAGGAAAAGCUGGUUGUUCCGGACAUUGCUGGCGCGGUUUAUGGCAGGGAAGGUACUUCAGACGCGCCUGGGAAUGCGCAGCAGCAGCAGCAGCAGCAGCAGCAGCAGCAGCAGCAGCAGCAGCAGCAGCAGCAGCAGCAGCAGCAGCAGCAGCAGCAGCAGCAGCAGCAACACCAGCAACAGCAACAGUAUCAGCAGCAGCAGCAGCCGCAGCAGCAUCAAGGAGAAGAGCAGCAGGAGUAUCAGCAUCGAAAUCCGUAUCAGCAGCAGCAGCAGCAGCAGCAGCAGCAGCAGCUGCAGCAGCAGCAGCAGCAGCAGCAGCAGCAGCAGCAGCAGCAGCAGCAGCAGCAGCAGCAGCAGCAGCAGCAGCAGCAGCAGCAGCAGCAGCAGCAGCAGCAGCAGCAGCAGCAGCAGCAGCAGCAGCAGCAGCAGCAGCAGCAGCAGCAGCAGCAGCAGCAGCAGCAGCAACAGCAGGAGGCGGACCUUACAGACAACACCAACCAGCAAGAGGAGCAGCAGCAGCAGCAGCAGCAAGAAGAUCUGGUACCUCAGAUUGAGUUGUUGCGAAGGUUCUUAGAAGCUCGCAACCAGCAGCUGCAAGCACCCCAGGCGAACGAAAUAGAGGGUGGGACGAACGUGGCAGGCCCAGGAGACUCGAGAGAGGUGGAGACGGCAGGCUCGGGUGCUCUGCCUGUUGUUGAGUCGACUCCAAGCAUGCAGAGGCCAAGUCUAAGGGGGGUGUGCGGUUUGGAACGGGAAGGCCAGGUGAACUGCAGUACGUUGCAUGACCAAGGACUGCGGUGGGGUGCGGUGAUGGCAGGUGUGGACGGGGCUUCGGAGGAAAGAAGAAGGGAGGGGGGAGGGGGGCAUGGGGGUGGGGGUGAGAUGAUGGCAUGGGGUGGUGGUGACGUCAUGCAUGGUGCCGUGAAGGAGGAAGUGCAGGCCAUGGAUGACGUCAGCAUGGGUGGUGGUGACGACAUCAAUGGGACGCCCAUGCCUUUGCGAGGAACCUAUUAUGGGGCACCUGAUGUGGCACCUGACGUUACACCUGAUGACGCACCUGAUGGUGCUGCAUAUGAUGGUGGCGCUGGUGGUGGUGCCAUGGCAUGUCAAGCAGUUGCUGUUCCCACGGCUUCACAUGUGUCAGCAUGGGUGGCGCAAGCAGCAGUCAGGGCGGCAGCAGUAGUGUGGGCGGCAGCGUUCUGGGCGGCAGUGGAAUGUGCGACAGCGUUUGGGGCGGCGGCAGUGUUUUGGGCGGCAGCGGCGGCAUGGGUGUGUGGGAAGGGCUUUAAGCGCGACGCCAACCUCCGCAUGCACAUGCGGGGCCAUGGCGACGCCUACAAGGGUGCCACCUCCCUCUCUCGCCCUGCGCUCUCCGCCGCCCGCUCCGCCACUCACCCAGCCGCCCGCUCCGCCACUCACCCCGCCGCCCGGCCGCAGCGCUACAGCUGCCCAGAGCCCGGAUGCAAGCGCAACCAGCAGCACCCGGAUUUCCAGCCGCUGAAAACGAUUCUGUGUGUGAAGAAUCACUACAGGAGGACGCACUGUGCGAAGCAGUACACGUGCAGUCGGUGCGGCGUGAAGCAGUUUGCUGUUCUGGCUGAUCUGCGCACGCAUGAGAAGCACUGUGGCCGGUCCUCCUGGAAAUGCUCCUGCGGGUCGUCCUUCAGGUGGGUUCGGGUGGGUCCAGGCGGGCUCUCAGGUGGGUUUCGGUGGGUUCACCUCUCUCAAUUCACAGGCCGCCAUGCCGUUGCUGCCAACCCAUCAGACUUUGAGUCAACUCAAACCCCCAAACCUUCCCCUUCUUCCCUGUCUCCCCCCUUCCUCCACCUCUCCCCACUUAUCCACAGCCGCAAGGACAAGCUACUGGUCACCUCAAACCCUCUACCUGUCAACCCCCCUUCCCCUCCCCCCUCCUCUCCCCCUCUUUUUCACAGCCGCAAGGACAAGCUACUGGGUCACCUCUCUCACUGCACGGGCCAUCAUGCUGUUGCGGCCGGCCCACUCCCAGCCAUGGCUCGCUACGCCGUCGUGGCCUUCGCUCUCCUCGCCCUCUUCGCCGUGUGCCACGCGCGGCCCGCACCACUCGAUGACGAUAUCACCGAUAACACCGUUGUCCCCAACCUCAAGGGACUCUCCCGGGAGAAGAUUCAGGAGCUUGCGUUGACAGAUCUGGCCGCAUGGGACGAGGAGGACAACGGCGUGAGUGCCGCUGAGGCUGAUAAGAUCGUUGUCGAUGAGGAUAACACCGUCGCUGCCACUGACGACGCCGCUGACGACUCCGACAAUACCGUGGCUGCGUCUAGCGAGGAUGUUGCCGACUCCGACAACUCCGUCGUCGCGUCGUCCGCGGAGGCUGCUGCUGAAGACAACACCGUGGCUGUUGCCGAGCCUGCUGACUCGGACAACACCGUGGCUGUUGUGGCUGCCGAGGCUGAGGAUGACGUUGUUGCUGUGAUGCCUGAGGACAACGUUGCUACCGCUACCGCCGCCAAGUCGACCGACAUGGGUAUUGCCAUGGUUGUGUAA